AGGAGUCAGCACUAUGGCAGAAGUCAUCAACUCGAAAAUCAAGAACUAUCAGCCUGCUCCUUUUGACAGCCACUUCCCCAACCAGAGCCAGACCAGGAACUGCUGGCGGAACUACCUAGGCUUCCACCACUGUGAGAAGGCAAUGUGUGCUAAAGGAGGUGAUGUCUCCAUGUGUGAAUGAUACUGGUGUGUGUAAAGUCUCUGCCCCAUAGCCUGGGUGUCAACCUGGGAUGACCGCCGGGCAGAACGCAUGUUUCCAGGGAAGAUCAGAACUGGCUCCACCUCUCCUCUUCUGUCCUCCACCCUUCUGCUCAGGGUGGUGAAGGGGGACCUGGGUACAUGGUGA